AUGAACAUCUUCCGAUUCCUGGGCGACUUUUCGCACUUUGUUGCUAUAAUUAUCCUUUUGUUGAAAAUAUGGAAAACCCGUUCAUGUGCAGGUCUCUCUGGCAAAUCACAGUUGGCGUUUGCGAUCGUCUUUAGUGCACGAUACCUAGACUUAUUUACAUCAUUUAUCUCAGUGUACAACUCAGUUGCAAAAGUCGUCUUCAUUGUCUCAUCUUUCGCUACAUUGUACCUAAUGUAUUUCAAGUUUCGCGCUACCUACGACAGUAACCAUGACACAUUUCGACUCGAGUUCCUCGUUAUCCCCUGUGCCGUGCUCGCUCUUAUUAUAAAUCACAGAUUUUCCGUUUUUGAGAUUCUGUGGACAUUCUCGAUCUACUUGGAAUCAGUUGCCAUUCUGCCUCAAUUGUUUUUAAUCUCAAAAACAGGCGAAGCAGAGACAAUCACAUCUCACUACCUAUUUGCGCUGGGUUCUUAUAGAGCGCUAUACAUUCUCAAUUGGAUAUACCGCUAUUCCUUCGAAGGUUACUUUGAUUACAUCGCCGUUGUAGCCGGUGUCAUUCAAACGCUGCUUUAUCUUGACUUCUUCUACUUAUACGUUACUCGAGGUAAGUCUUAUUCAAGAAUUAACCACCCCCUCACUAUUUUUAGUACUUAA